AUGGGCCAAGGAGCUGAUGAGGAAUGGGAAGUCGAAGAAGUUCUGGAUGCCAAGAUGCGCUAUCGGAGCAUUUGGUACUUCGUGCGGUGGAAGGGCUACGAUUCGUCGCACGACCAAUGGGUUAAGCACUCUGAUAUCUUCGCAGAGGACGCUAUAGCGGCAUUCUACCGCAAGCACCCCAACAAGCCACGCAUCAUUGCUGCCGCCAUCUUCGACUCCCUUCCGUUCCAGCACCCCUCUGCCACCAUCCGCACGUUGCGUCGAGGCGCCGCAAUCCAAGGGGGGGGUGAUGUCAGGGGAACCCCCGCUUCGGACCGCUCUGCCUUCGAUCAGGCAUUCGUCCUCCACUAUCGCAGUGAAGGGUUCAUAUCAAGCAAACAGCACCAGGCCACGGGUAACGUUGAGCCCGACCCAAGCCUUACGGUAGCUACAAGGAGUGCUGCAGAGACCUUCGGGAAAACGCACCUCGGGAUCAUCGGGCACGUGAAGACACACGAUUCCACCAUUUCGUACCGAUUCCCAUCGUCGUCUGGGAGUCCGUCCCCUCCCCCCAUCAUACCAUCGUCGCCCGAUCUGGCGCAUCAAAACCAACCCGGGCCCUCCAACCCCUACCUCGCCCUCCCACCGCCUGAAGACGAGAUCCCCGACCUCGACGAACUGCCCUCCGAACAACCACCCUCGCCCCCACCUCACACGCCUACCCCUACCAUGUCAGGGCAUCACCGCAUCACCCUCGCCGCCAAUCCCCCCUACUUCGAUGGCGACAAGUCCAAAUACCUGGGCUUUGUGGACGCGUGCACCACUUACAUCGGUGCCUAUCGAUCGGAGUUCUCGCAGGAUGAGACCAAAAUCCUCUUUGUCCUCUCCUACCUCCGUAACGAGAACGGCACGAGCUGCGCUGCCUCGAGAUGGGCAAUGAACUGGAAGCAGCACAACUUCGAGGGCUUCCAGGGACUGAAGGCAGGAGUCACAUCAAAGAACUUCCUGGAGGAGUUUCAGAGGGCGUUCGGGGACUCCAAUGCGGAACAAGUCGCCGCUGCUCGGCUUAUGGCCCUGCGCCAAAACAAACGGUCCUUCGCGGACUACAUCUCCGACUUUGAGAUGUUGGCCGCAGAUGCAGGCUACAAUGUGGUCGACACCACCGACGACAAAGGCGAAUACAAGAAGGGGGACCAGGAUAAUAUCCUCAUCGAGUUCCUGGAGCGCGGACUCAGCAGCGAGAUCGCCAGCCGUCUCUACAACACCGGUGUCCCUCUGCCCAAGGCCUAUGGAGCGUUCAAAGCCUGGUGCAUCAACAUUGAAGCCAAUGCUCUGCGUGACCAGCUGCGCAAAGCGUCGUAUGGGCACCCCACACAACGACCACCUCCCCAGUUCCGUCCCCAAGCGGCACCAGUGGCGCCCGCACCCGCUCCGGCCCGACCCGCUGCCAACGAACCGGUUCCGAUGGAAAUCGAUCGUACCCACGCCCGCGGCCGCAAUAUCAUCUGCUACAACUGUCAGCAGCCGGGGCACAUUGCGCGGAACUGCCCGGAACCAAGAAAGAAGCGCACAUUCUUCAAUCGGGCCACGAUGCUUGAAGAGAUCGAGAACGGGGACAAGGACAACGAGUUCCUCAAGGAGAUUGCCGAGAAGCUGCGCGAGAAGGGUUUUUGA